GUUAGAAACCGCUCGUUAGAAAACUCAAAGCUUAACAUGGGGUUGAUCUAGUAGUUUGCUCAUUUGUGUACCUCCAUUUCGCUUCAUAAGGCAAUAUAACUGGGUUUCGCUUUCUUCCCUUGCUAAGCUCUGCUACUUUCAACUUCAACCAGAAAGAUGUUCCACAACAUUAUUCGGAAUGCGACUGGAACCUACCGGCCAAUGCCCAAGAACAUGUCUCAAAGACCCAGCCUGAACUACAAGGGCAACAUGAUACUGGAGACAGAACUUGGCUAUGUGCAUAUCCCACCAGGUGGCUCUAAUUACACAAACCCCCUCCCUGCACUGGGCACAAUGAACUCUACCCCUGGCCUGGCAACGGAGCACAUUCCUACCCCUGGGGCUGCCCUCUCCUGGCAGGCUGCCAUUGAUGCUGCCCGCCAAGCCAAGCUAAUGGGUAGUGCAGCCAAUGCCACCAUAUCUACAGUCAGCUCCACGCAAAGGAAGAGGCAGCAGUACAGCAAACAGAAGAAGCAGGGGGCUAACACAGCUACAAGACCGCCACGGGCACUGUUGUGUCUGACCCUGAAAAACCCCAUCCGCAGGGCUUGUAUCAGCAUUGUUGAGUGGAAACCUUUUGAAAUCAUUAUUUUGUUGACUAUUUUUGCCAACUGUGUGGCCUUAGCUGUGUACAUACCAUUUCCGGAGGAUGACUCUAAUGCUACCAACUCCAAUUUGGAACGGGUAGAAUAUCUCUUCCUAAUCAUUUUCACAGUGGAAGCCUUCCUCAAAGUCAUUGCAUACGGGCUUCUCUUUCAUCCUAACGCAUACCUCCGAAACGGCUGGAACCUGCUAGACUUUAUCAUCGUGGUUGUAGGGCUUUUCAGCGCCAUAUUAGAGCAGGCAACCAAGGCAGAUGGAGGCAGUGCCCUUGGAGGUAAAGGUGCUGGGUUUGAUGUGAAGGCACUGAGGGCAUUCCGAGUCCUAAGACCCCUGAGACUGGUAUCUGGAGUUCCAAGUCUCCAGGUGGUGCUAAAUUCUAUUAUUAAGGCAAUGGUUCCUCUCCUGCACAUCGCUUUGCUGGUGCUGUUUGUCAUUAUCAUCUACGCUAUUAUUGGGCUGGAACUCUUUAUGGGGAAGAUGCACAAAACCUGUUACUACCUGACAAAUGGAUAUCCAGAUAUUCCUGCAGAGGAUGAACCUUCGCCCUGCGCUUUAGAGAGCAAUAACGGGCGCCAUUGUCCCAAUGAAACUCUAUGCAGAUCGGGUUGGGAUGGUCCAAAACACGGCAUCACUAACUUUGAUAAUUUCGCGUUUGCUAUGCUCACUGUCUUCCAGUGCAUUACCAUGGAGGGCUGGACAGACGUGCUGUACUGGAUGCAGGAUGCAAUGGGAUAUGAGUUACCCUGUGUGUAUUUCGUCAGUCUUGUCAUCUUUGGAUCUUUUUUCGUUUUGAACUUGGUUCUUGGUGUCCUCAGUGGAGAGUUUUCCAAAGAGAGAGAAAAGGCCAAGGCCCGGGGUGACUUUCAGAAACUGAGAGAGAAGCAACAGUUAGAGGAAGACCUAAAGGGUUAUCUGGACUGGAUCACUCAGGCCGAAGACAUAGACCCUGAAAAUGAGGAUGAAGAUAUUGAUGAGGAUAAACCUCGCAACAUGAGUAUGCCAACCAGCGAGACAGAAUCUGUAAAUACUGACAAUGUGGGAAAUGGGGAUGUUGAUGAGGAGAGCUGCGGAGUGCGUCUUGCGCACAGGAUUUCCAAGUCUAAAUUUAGUCGUUACUGGCGAAGGUGGAACCGGUUUUGCCGUAGGAAGUGUAGAGCGGCAGUAAAAUCAAAUGUCUUUUACUGGUUGGUCAUAUUUCUUGUAUUUCUGAACACACUGACCAUCGCUUCAGAGCAUUACAACCAGCCUGACUGGCUCACCGAGGUGCAAGACACAGCAAAUAAAGUCCUUUUGGCACUUUUCACUGCUGAGAUGCUUCUAAAGAUGUAUAGUCUCGGACUCCAGGCAUACUUUGUUUCACUGUUUAAUCGAUUCGACUGCUUCAUUGUCUGCGGUGGAAUCCUCGAGACUAUUUUAGUGGAAACCAAGAUAAUGUCACCUCUAGGAAUCUCUGUGCUGCGCUGUGUGCGCCUCCUCAGGAUCUUCAAGAUCACAAGAUACUGGAACUCCCUGAGUAAUCUUGUGGCCUCACUGUUAAAUUCUGUGCGAUCCAUUGCAUCGCUGCUUCUCCUCCUCUUCCUAUUCAUUAUUAUCUUCUCACUACUGGGGAUGCAACUCUUCGGAGGCAAGUUUAACUUUGACGAGAUGCCGACACGUCGGAGCACGUUUGAUAACUUCCCGCAGGCUCUGCUCACAGUCUUUCAGAUCCUUACUGGUGAGGAUUGGAAUUCUGUCAUGUAUGAUGGGAUUAUGGCAUAUGGGGGUCCUUCCUUCCCUGGGAUGCUGGUCUGCAUUUACUUCAUCAUCCUUUUCAUUUGUGGCAACUAUAUCCUACUGAAUGUCUUCUUGGCCAUUGCUGUGGAUAACUUGGCCGAUGCUGAGAGCUUAACUUCUGCUCAAAAAGAGGAGGAAGAAGAGAAGGAGAGGAAAAAACUGGCGAGAACGGCCAGCCCUGAGAAAAAGCAGGAAAAUGAGAUUUUAGGAAAGUCACCUGUGCCACCACAAGAGGAGAACAAAGAGAAGAUAGAACUGAAGGCCAUCACUGCAGAUGGAGAAUCUCCACCUGCUACCAAGAUCAGUGUGGAUGAUUAUUCUUCUAAUGAAAAUGAUGAGAAGACACCAUACCCCAGCCCAAAUGAAACACCAGUUGCAUUAGAGAUAUCAAACACAGGCUGCGGGGGUCAUGAUCCUGGUGAAGAAGAAGAGGAGGAACCUGAGAUGCCUGUUGGCCCACGUCCACGGCCCCUUUCUGAGUUGCACAUCAAGGAGAAAGCUGUCCCAAUGCCUGAAGCCACGGCCUUUUUUAUAUUUAGAUCUGAUAACAGGUUCCGUCUCCACUGCCACAGAAUUGUCAACAACAAUAUCUUUACAAAUCUCAUCCUGUUUUUCAUCCUUUUGAGCAGCAUCUCUUUGGCAGCGGAGGAUCCUGUGCGUCAUGUCUCCUUCAGAAAUCAAGUUCUGUUUUAUUUCGAUAUUGUUUUCACCGCCAUUUUCACCAUAGAAAUAGUUCUGAAGAUGACAGCCUAUGGAGCUUUUUUGCACAAGGGCUCCUUCUGCAGAAACUACUUCAACAUCCUGGAUCUGCUGGUUGUCAGUGUCUCUCUCAUCUCCUUUGGAAUACAGUCCAGUGCAAUCAAUGUGGUGAAGAUAUUGCGAGUUCUUCGGGUGUUAAGGCCACUCAGAGCUAUAAACCGAGCGAAAGGUCUUAAGCAUGUAGUACAGUGCGUCUUUGUGGCUAUCCGCACCAUUGGUAAUAUCGUCAUUGUCACCACUCUACUGCAGUUUAUGUUUGCUUGUAUCGGGGUACAACUUUUCAAGGGUAAGUUGUACAGCUGUAGUGACACCUCCAAGAGCACCGCAGCGGAGUGCAAAGGGAAGUAUAUCAACUAUAAAGAUGGUGAUGUGUCGCAGCCAAUGGUACAGGACCGCAAGUGGGAGAACAGCAAGUUCGACUUUGACAAUGUCCUAGCAGCAAUGAUGGCUCUCUUUACUGUCUCCACCUUCGAGGGGUGGCCGGAGCUGCUUUAUCGGGCUAUCGACUCACACACAGAGGACAUAGGUCCUGUUUACAAUCACCGUGUGGAGAUAUCUAUCUUCUUCAUCAUCUACAUCAUCAUCAUCGCCUUUUUCAUGAUGAACAUCUUCGUCGGUUUUGUGAUUGUCACCUUCCAGGAGCAGGGAGAACAAGAGUACAAGAACUGUGAAUUGGACAAGAACCAGCGUCAAUGUGUGGAGUAUGCUCUGAAGGCUCGUCCCCUCCGGAGAUAUAUACCCAAAAACCAAUACCAGUACAAAGUCUGGUAUGUGGUCAACUCUACCUACUUUGAGUAUCUCAUGUUUGUCCUCAUCCUGCUCAAUACCAUCUGUCUGGCCAUACAGCACUAUGGACAAAGCUGUUCUUUCAAAGAAGCUAUGAACAUUCUCAACAUGCUCUUCACAGGACUAUUCACCGUAGAAAUGAUCCUGAAACUUAUUGCCUUCAAACCAAAGCACUAUUUCUGUGAUGCAUGGAACACUUUUGAUGCACUGAUAGUAGUGGGUAGCAUUGUUGAUAUAGCAAUCACCGAACUAAACCCAGGUGAACAUGCCCAAUGCUCCUCCUCCAUGAAUGUGGAGGAGAACUCCCGAAUCUCCAUCACCUUCUUCAGGCUCUUCCGUGUUAUGCGUCUGGUGAAGCUUCUCAGCCGAGGAGAGGGGAUCCGAACUCUGCUCUGGACAUUCAUCAAGUCAUUCCAGGCACUCCCAUAUGUAGCGCUUCUUAUUGUCAUGCUGUUCUUUAUCUACGCAGUCAUCGGCAUGCAGGUUUUUGGGAAAAUUGCUCUAAAUGACACUACAGAAAUUAACAGGAACAAUAAUUUUCAGACUUUCCCUCAAGCUGUCCUGCUGCUGUUCAGAUGCGCAACUGGUGAAGCCUGGCAAGAGAUUAUGCUCGCCUGUCUCCCACAUAAGAAGUGUGAUCCGGAGUCUGAGACUCAUCAACCCAAUGAGGGCGAGUUUCCUUGUGGUAGCAGUUUUGCCGUCUUCUAUUUUAUCAGCUUCUACAUGCUCUGUGCAUUUCUGAUCAUUAAUCUGUUUGUCGCGGUCAUUAUGGAUAACUUUGACUAUCUGACGCGGGAUUGGUCCAUAUUGGGCCCUCAUCAUUUGGAUGAAUUCAAACGGAUUUGGGCAGAGUACGAUCCAGAAGCAAAAGGCCGUAUCAAACAUUUGGAUGUAGUGACUCUGCUGAGACGGAUUCAGCCACCAUUGGGGUUUGGAAAGUUGUGUCCACAUCGCGUGGCAUGUAAGCGUCUGGUUGCCAUGAACAUGCCGCUAAAUAGUGAUGGAACAGUUAUGUUCAAUGCCACGCUCUUUGCUCUGGUUAGGACAUCGUUGUGCAUAAAAACAGAAGGUAAUCUGGAACAGGCCAAUGAGGAACUGAGAGCAAUCAUCAAAAAGAUCUGGAAGAGAACAAGCAUGAAGUUGUUGGACCAAGUUGUACCACCUGCUGGGGAUGAUGAGGUAACUGUUGGAAAGUUUUAUGCAACCUUCCUGAUCCAGGAGUAUUUCCGAAAAUUCAAGAAGCGAAAAGAGCAGGGACUUGUGGUGAAGCCAUCACAACGCAAUGCACUGUCGCUGCAGGCUGGACUGCGCACGUUACAUGAUAUAGGGCCUGAGAUUCGCAGGGCCAUCUCCGGGGACCUAACAGCUGAAGAGGAGCUGGACAAAGCCAUGAAGGAGGCAGUGUCUGCUGCAUCUGAAGAUGACAUUUUUAGGAGAGCUGGAGGGCUGUUUGGGAAUCAUGUUGGUUAUUACCAGAGUGAAGUUCGGAGUGCAUUUCCUCAAACCUUUACCACCCAGCGGCCUCUGCACAUCAACAAGACAUCUACUGGGCCAGGAGAUCUGGAUUCCCCUUCUCACGAAAAACUCGUGGACUCUACCUUUACUCCUAGCAGCUACUCUUCGUCUGGCUCUAAUGCCAACAUUAAUAAUGCCAAUAAUACAGCUCUAGUACGUCUUCCCAGCCUCCCCUGUUACCAGAGCACUGUCAGCACCGUAGAGGGGCAAAGUCGUCCAGUACGGUCCCAUGGAUCUUGGAAACUUGGCUCCAAGAGGAUGUGUCAUUGUGAAGUUUGGGGACGUUCUGUGUCAAGGGACAGCCGAUUACCCAUCAUAUGCCGGGAGGAAGUAUCACAAGAGGAGAUGUAUGAUGCCAGUGAGGAUAUGGAAUACAGCAGUGAACCUAGCCUCCUGUGCACAGACAUGUUCUCGGAGCAAGAUGAGGAGAGCCGGCAGCUGACCCCAUCAGAGGGAGAAGUGGAAAAGGGGCUCUGUCCGUCUCCCAAGAGAAGCUUCCUGCGCUCAGCCUCAUUAGGCAGAAGAGCAUCAUUCCACUUGGAAUGCCUGAGACGAUACCGGAAUCAGGGGCCAGACACAUCUCCCAAAGCAGUUUUGCCACAGCUUCAUCUAGUUCACCAUCAGGCAUUAGCAGUGGCUGGCCUCAGCCCUCUACUACGAAGGAGUCAUUCCCCUACAGCCUUCUCACGUCUAUGUUCCACACCGCCCACAACACCCUGCUCUCGAGGCUGGGCACAGCAAAAUGUGCCAGAAUUGAGGCUGCAUGGAGAAACUGGGUCCAGACCAAACCUCAAUAGCAGCUUCCCCUCAGUCCACUGCAGCGAUUGCAGCAUAGAGCAAGGAUGUUCGGCCUCCCUUACAGUACCCUGCCUCCCUAGGGAUCAGACCCGCCAGCACCAUGGCAGUGCCAGCAGUUUAGUGGAAGCGGUGCUGAUCUCUGAAGGACUGGCGCAGUUUGCUCAGGAUCCCCGCUUCCUGCAGGUGGCAACGCAUGAGUUGGCAGAUGCCUGUGACAUGACGAUAGAAGAAAUGGAGUCAGCAGCUGACAGCUUUUUGAAUGGAAAGCCUAGUCCAAAUGGGAAGCUGUCACCAUUUUCCAAACGCAGGGACCUAGGGCUGGACUGCGAGGGGGGUGGGUCAGAGGAGCCAGGACUCUCACCGAGCUGCCAGAACAGCGAAGGAGAGCAAGAGGACUGCCGAGUAUAUGUGAGCAGCCUGUAGCCUCCAAUCAGAUGGACACAGAACCAUAGAGAUGCCGAGCUGUCGGAGGGUGGAUGUUUUUAGGGAGUUUUUGGGCUCCUUUCUUAGUUUGUUUUUUUGUUUUUUAUUUUGGUGUUCCUAAUGAGUUUGUUUCAGAAGUGCCUCACUGUUCUCGUGACCCUGGAGUGACCAGAACAGCGUUCCUCAUCAGUUUUAGUUGGGGCGGGAGGGGGGGCAACAUCCAGAGCUGACAUUCGGUAUUUCAGGAGGACCACCAGCUGUAAUCCCAGAGUUUCCUGGCUCCUUACAAAAUAUCCUUGUGGUAAAGCUAUGCUUGAUAAUGGAUCUUCAGAAGGAACCAUCAGAAGAACUGCCAAAUUCAGCAUUUUUUUGUUUUGAUUUUUACUUUACAAAAUUAGAACUAAGUUGGCUGUUGCUCGUUAGGGGUCCUAUUACAAAACCAUUUGAAGUGGGAACAGAGUUAUGUGUUGUGCAAUCACAGCUUAGAGAGUUUGAUAUACUAGCCAAUAGGCCAAGCCCACCCAACCAAUAAGUUCUGAGAGGAGCUGCAUAACCGACCAAUCACAACAGAGCAGUAAUUCUUCCACUUCUAACUUCUAUUUUCAGAUUGUGAGGUUUGUUUGUUUUUUUAACUGGGCACAGAGGGGCUCAAAAGACAAUACAUUUCACAUUUAUGUUGAAACAGCCAACACAGAAAUAGCUGCUUAUGGGGAAACAUUUACAUAUUUAUGUUUUUCAUUAAAAGGAAAUAUCGAUAAAACAAUGAUUUCCCCCUUUAAAAGAAGUAUAUUUUGUAAACUCUCCAUGUAUGUACACAUUUCUAUACUCCAGCAGAAUGUAAUAUAUUGAAAGAUAAUUUUUUUUGGAGAUGGAGGCAAUCAUUUUUGCAACACACUCCCUAUUGAAUUUUACAGUCUGUUUCCUGCUCAGGAAAUAAAUAUGUGUAAUUAUGUUAUUUAGCAUAAUUUAUUACUAGGCAUGCAUUGCUUAGCCAAUUUAAUUGUUCUAGUCUUUGCAAAAGAUUUAAUAAUAAGAGAAAAUUGGCUUCCAGUUCGUCCUUUUAAGAACAAGUGCAAAUAUAAUGUCAUCCUGCAGUCUGCAGAAAAAUCGUAAAAAGUAAUUUAAUAUAUGAGUUCCUGAUAAUAAAGUUCCCAUAUAUUUUGUGAAAGUGCCAAAGGAGUACUAUUUGGUUUGGUGAAAACAUCUGUAUAGUAUUUUGAAAACCAAUAAGUAGAAACGCACUAUAUAAAAUAAAUAAUUAUUAAAUGACUCCUCCAUUUAAGCGAAAAACUUUAAAUUGGCUUCAGUUUAACUUUUAAGCACACAGACGUGAUGUUUGAAAUGAUCCAAAUCGAUGACAUAACAAGCAAUGUUGUAGAUUUUUCUGUGAUUCUAAUAUAUACUGUCUUCCGCAACUCCCAUAGUCUCCCUCUGAGUUAUGUUAAGACAUUUUUUUUUUUGAUUCAACAAAAUCCAAAGUGCAAUCGGGAUAUGGAAUUUGAAAUCUUUGAUACUUCAUCUGCUAUUAACAAUGGGUAUGAAAAUGGUCAGGUAGUUUAGAGAUCUCAUGAGAUUCACGAUGCUGAAUAUCUGCAGGAUUUUUCAGUUCAUAGCUACUGGAAUGUCAGAGUGCAGGUGAUGAGAUUGUAUAUAUAUUUUCUCUUUGACAAUUAUAAUUUAUAAUUUAGAUGUCAGAUGUCACUGUUGCAUUGAUUCUGUGGGCAUGAGUCAUUUAAAAGGGGAACUAUUGAAUUUCGGUUACUCUAUGAAAAUUAAUACUUGCCAACAUACUAUAUCAUUGAGUUUAAAGUGAUAAAGUGAUCAUUAUUGUGUAAUUCUUAAUAAAUCAGUUUAUCACCAGCUACCUUUAAUAAUUACUUAAAUCCCAAUGGUAGUAGGUGAAAUUUACUUUGUCAACCGUAAUUAUUACUUUAUUUAGGUUUGCAUUUUAUUAAUAAUCAACUGUUAAAUCUGACAAAUUUAAUCCAUAGAUUUUGCACUGCAGAUGGAAUAAUUUCCCCUGCCAUUAUAUUAUUUGAAGAAUUAGGCCACAAGCUUUUUUUCUUGCAAUUCUGCAUGUAGCCUCAGGGUGGCAUUUGGUACAAGGGGAAGCCAGGCCUAAACAGCCUGCAUAAACCGAACACAUUUUUCCUACAUUCGUGGGCAUUCUAUGCAGACCAUUUCAUAAAUUUCUAUAUUUGUCACCAUAUUCAGAUGUGUCCCCCUACUGUGCUGAAAAUUGCUAACUUGCCCUGGCUUUAGAAUGUUUACAUACUCAUUUAAACACAAUCUUAUUAUUAUUUUUACAACCAUACAAGCAUUUGUUGACCAAUUACUCAUUCUUGUAGUAUUUCCAGCUAUGUACAUAUUCUAAUUAAAUAUAGACUUGUCAUAUUAACCAAUAAUAAUUUUACAAUGCCACAAUAAUUUUGAUUUGAUACAUGUGGCUAUUCAAUUAUAGUAUUCACUGUGGUUUAAAAAGAAAAGCGAAACAAUUUUUCUCAGAGGAAU